CAAUAAAAGUUUAAAAAAAUAUAUCUAAAAAAAAAGAAAUGAGAAAGAAUAGUAAAGGCAGAAAAAAAUUUCCUAAUUCUGUUCAGUUUCCUAAUACUUUAUAAAUACAGAGAAGUUUUACUGUAGACUUUUGGAAUCCAUGAACUUGUAGGAAGCUAACAAGAGUGAAGCUACAUUUGGUUCCAACCCUAAUAAUGAAGUUUGGCAAGCUAAACUGCAGCCUUUGCUUUUAGCAACAUUUCUGAAUCAGAGCGUUUUACUCACUGCUUCUGGCUUUGUGCUUACCAAGUCUGUGUCACUUUCUGUUAGUACUUGUCACUGAAGUUAUGUAGGAAAGAUCUGUGUUGAUACCACCAGCUAUGUAGAAAAAUAACGAAAAUGAAAGAAGCCUUUGUUUAGAAUAAAGUUGAAAAAGAAGUUUCUUUUACCAGUCGGAUGCCCAGUGACAAAGUCUAGGCUACGCACUGUCCAUCAUUUUGAUAUAGAACAUAGAGAUGAUGGCUUCUUUUAGGUUCAUUUUCUUAAAAAAAAAAAAAAAAGUAAUAACUUCUUUGAAAGCAGCAACUAACCACCAAGUUCUUGAAAAUCCUGAUAAGAAAAAUAUGGAGUAUCUACUGUGUGUCACACCUUAAAAUAAACACUCUAGGAGAUGAAGAGAGUGGCUCAGUACUUAAUGCCACUUAAGAGUACUUGAUGCUCCUGGAGAACCUGAGUUGAGUUCUCAGUGUCCACAUCACAUAAUCAUCUGUACCUCCAGUUCCAAGGGCUCCAACUCCUGUCUAUAGCUUACAUAUCUUUAAUCACAGUUCAUUGAGGGAAGCCAAGACAGGAAUUCAAACAGGGCAGGAACCUGAAGACAGGAUCUGAUACAGAAGCCUUGAAGGGGCGCUGCUUACUGGCUUGUUCCUCAUGGCUUGUUCAGCCUGUUAGCUUUCUUUUUUUUAUUUAAUUUUAUAUAUUUAUUUAUUUACACUCUAUAUUACCCCCCACACACACACCUGUUUUCUUGUAGAAGCCAGAACCACCAGUCCAGCCAGGGUGGUACCACCCACAGUUGGCUAGCCCUCCCACAUAGAUCACCUUAAGAACGUGAUCUACAGACUUGCCUAGGGAGGCAUUUUCUCCCUCCUUUCAGAUGACUGUAGCUUAUAUCAAGUACUGUAACUUGUAUCUGACUUUUACCUUUCAGUGCUGAAAUUACAGGCAUGUGUCACUGUGGUCAGCUUCAGCCUGUUUUAUAAAUAAAAUGUUAUUAGUCUUAUGGCUUAGGAGCAAUAGCAUGACAGUGGAGGGUUUUAACAGAGUUAUAUGGUUCACAAACCCAUAUUUAGUCCCUUUUCCUACAUGAAAGCCAUAUAAAGUAGAUUCCCUGUAAUCUAACAAUCCAAAGUAUUAAACAAUAAGCCAUGAAUGUUUAAAAGUUUAAGCAUGUUGCUCAGCUUAGAAGAAAACUCAGAAUGAUUUAAAGGCCAUCAAUUGUAUGCCCAUAAUCUUAUUAUAGUUCCUUUUUAAAAAGCAAUGUAUAUAAGAAUCUCAGUUUUCUUUUAAAGAUAUGUACAAAUAUCUUGUUGUUUUAGUUCUGACGAAUACAAGUUAACAUUUAAGCAGUAGAGAUGUGACAUUUAAGCUAUACCUUUUCUUGUGGUAAUUGAUGUUUGCAUUCCAGCAAAGUUCUUUGUUUAUAAAAAGAUAUAACAGCUUAAAAUUGUGGAAUCUGUUAAAGUAAUGUUUCAGCUCAAGAGUUGCUUUCUGGGGAUGGAGAGAUAGCCCCACAGUUACAAGCACUGGUUGCUCUUCUACAAGACAUGGGUUCAAUUCCCAGCACCAACAGCUCACAACCAGUUCCAGAUCUGAUGCCCUCUUCUGGCUUCCGCUGGUGCUGCAUGCACAAGGUGCCCAGACAUGUAUAAAGGCAAAAUUAUCAGUACAGAAUGUGAAACAUGUUGUAGAAGUACUCAAGAAGUGGCUGAAGGAAGAAAGAAAGUGCCACUGCCUAUCAGAAAAUAAAACAAAACAUGGGAAAUACAACCACCAAAUUCCGCAAAGCACUCAUCAAUGGUGAUGAAAACCUGGCUUGCCAAAUAUAUGAAAAUAAUCCUCAGCUAAAAGAAUCCCUUGAUCCAAAUAUAUCUUAUGGAGAGCCCUAUCAGCACAACACACCAUUACACUAUGCUGCUAGACAUGGGAUGAACAGAAUAUUAGGGACUUUUCUUUUUGGUAGAGAUGGAAACCCAAAUAAACGGAAUGUGCACAAUGAAACAUCUAUGCAUUUGUUGUGUAUGGGACCUCAAAUCAUGAUAUCUGAAGGAACCCUUCAUCCUCGCUUAGCACGGCCUGUGGAAGAUGAUUUCAGAAGGGCAGAUUGUCUGCAGAUGAUCUUACGAUGGAAAGGAGCAAAACUUGACCAGGGCGAAUAUGAGAGAGCAGCUAUUGAUGCAGUUGAUAACAAAAAAAACACACCCCUUCACUAUGCUGCAGCCUCAGGGAUGAAAGCCUGUGUAGAGCUUUUAGUAAAACAUGGAGGUGACUUGUUUGCUGAAAAUGAAAAUAAAGAUACUCCUUGCGAUUGUGCUGAAAAGCAACACCACAAAGACCUGGCCCUCAGUCUGGAGUCUCAGAUGGUGUUCUCUCGGGACCCAGAGGCUGAGGAAAUAGAAGCUGAGUAUGCUGCAUUAGACAAGCGAGAGAAAAGAAGCACUGGCCUCCCAUGGCUAUCAAGCAAGGAAGUUGAAAUAAGACUAGGCACAUCCUCUCAUAUUGAGGCUGGACAAGGCAACCCAGUAGGAGGCAAAGAGUCCAAAGAACAGCCAUAUGAAGGACUAAGGCCCCAGGAUCUUCGUAGGUUAAAAGAUAUGCUUAUUGUGGAGACUGCAGACAUGCUCCAGGCCCCUCUGUUUACUGCUGAAGCACUGCUUCGAGCUCACGAUUGGGACAGGGAGAAGUUGCUUGAAGCUUGGAUGUCCAACCCGGAGAACUGCUGCCAACGGUCAGGUGUGCAGAUGCCAACUCCACCGCCGAGUGGGUACAAUGCCUGGGACACGCUGCCUUCUCCAAGAACUCCAAGGACUACAAGAUCCUCUGUCACCUCUCCAGAUGAAAUCAGUCUGUCUCCUGGGGAUUUAGAUACCAGUUUGUGUGACAUUUGUAUGUGCAGUAUUUCUGUAUUUGAAGAUCCAGUGGAUAUGCCCUGUGGACAUGAUUUUUGUAGAGGCUGUUGGGAGUCGUUUUUAAAUCUGAAAAUUCAAGAAGGUGAAGCCCAUAACAUUUUCUGCCCUGCAUAUGAAUGCUUUCAACUUGUGCCUGUAGAUGUCAUAGAAAGUGUGGUUUCUAAGGAGAUGGAUAAGCGAUACCUACAGUUUGAUAUUAAGGCCUUUGUCGAAAAUAAUCCUGCCAUUAAAUGGUGUCCUACCGCAGGCUGUGAAAGAGCAGUCAGGCUGACAAAGCAGGGGUCAAAUCCAUCUGGGUCUGACACACUCAGCUUCCCAUUGCUAAGAGCCCCUGCUGUGGACUGUGGCAAAGGACACCUCUUCUGCUGGGAGUGCCUUGGUGAAGCACAUGAGCCUUGUGACUGCCAAACAUGGAAAAAUUGGUUACAAAAGAUAUCCGAAAUGAAGCCAGAAGAACUUGUUGGAGUCAGUGAAGCCUAUGAGGAUGCUGCUAAUUGUCUGUGGCUGUUAACUAACUCCAAACCUUGCGCGAACUGCAAGUCUCCAAUACAGAAGAACGAGGGCUGCAAUCACAUGCAGUGUGCCAAGUGCAAGUAUGACUUUUGCUGGAUUUGCCUAGAAGAAUGGAAAAAACAUAGUUCUUCCACUGGAGGUUAUUACAGAUGUACUCGGUAUGAAGUCAUCCAGCACGUAGAGGAGCAAUCCAAGGAGAUGACAGUGGAGGCUGAGAAGAAACAUAAACGGUUUCAGGAACUUGACAGAUUUAUGCACUAUUAUACAAGAUAUAAAAACCAUGAGCAUAGUUAUCAGUUAGAACAACGCCUUCUUAAAACAGCCAAAGAAAAGAUGGAGCAACUGAGUAGAGCUCUCAAAGAAACUGAAGGAGGCUGUCCAGAUACCACUUUCAUCGAAGAUGCAGUGCACGUUCUUCUAAAAACUCGGCGCAUCCUCAAGUGUUCUUAUCCAUAUGGAUUUUUCUUAGAACCUAAAAGCACAAAGAAAGAAAUUUUUGAACUAAUGCAAACAGACCUAGAAAUGGUCACUGAAGACCUUGCCCAAAAAGUCAAUAGGCCUUAUCUUCGUACACCUCGACACAAGAUCAUCAGGGCAGCAUGCCUUGUGCAGCAGAAAAGGCAAGAAUUCCUGGCAUCUGUCGCUCGUGGUGUUGCUCCUGCAGACUCACCCGAUGCUCCCAGGCGCAGCUUUGCCGGUGGAACAUGGGAUUGGGAAUAUUUAGGAUUUGCAUCACCUGAGGAAUAUGCUGAAUUUCAGUAUCGGAGGAGACACAGACAGCAGCGCCGUCGAGGAGACGUGCAUAGCCUGCUCAGCAACCCUACAGACCCUGAUGAACCAAGCGAAAGCACUUUUGAUCUACCAGAAGUGGGCAGUGGCCGCAGGCCUGGUGCAUCUGUCGUGAGCUCUGCGUCUAUGAGUGUGCUACAUAGCUCUUCCCUGAGGGACUACAGCCCUGCCAGUCGCUCUGCAAACCAGGACUCUCUUCAGGCUCUGAGUUCCUUGGAUGAAGAUGAUCCGAACAUACUCCUUGCCAUACAGUUGUCACUGCAAGAGUCUGGGCUAGCCAUCGAUGAAGAAACCAGAGACUUCCUUAGUAACGAAGCAUCCCUAGGAGCCAUAGGCACAUCUUUACCUUCCCGACUGGACUCUGUGCCCCGGAGCACAGAUAGUCCUCGGGCUGCGCUGAGCAGCUCUGAGCUGCUGGAGCUUGGUGACAGUCUCAUGAGACUAGGAGCAGACAGUGACCCAUUUUCAACUGACACUUUGAGUUCACGCCCUCUCAGUGAGACAAGAAGUGAUUUCUGUCCCUCUUCCAGUGACUUUGACUCAGCUGGCCAGGACCCCAGUGCCAAUGACAAUCUUCUUGGCAAUAUUAUGGCUUGGUUUCAUGACAUGAACCCUCAGAGUAUCGCCCUGAUUCCUCCAGCAGCAGCCACAGAAAUUAGUGCUGAGCCUCAGCUUCCCUGUAUAAGAGAUGGGUCUGAAGGUAUGAGGGACGUGGAACUGGUGCCACCAGAAGACUCAGUGUCCAGAGAUGCUGGUGUUCAUGAAGGUGAAAGAACCCAGGUGGAAGAAAAUCCUCUAGAAGAGAGUAUUCUGCCCAGGGAAGAGUUUUCUCAAGAUGGUGACAGUAGUAAUGAGGCAGUGAGCAGGGGGGACGGGCCAGAUGCUGCCAGUCAAACCCCUCAGACCUCAAGCGACUGGCUCGAGCAAGUCCAUUGAGUAUGAACUGCACACACUUGCUCUCUGGGUGAAUCACAGUACAGGGGUCUGGGAGGUGGAGUAUUCUUUAGAGAGACUUUAAUGCACUUAAUUUGAACUCGGUUAUGAACCACUGAUGUUAGGAUUGAAUGCAAAGGAGUUCCCUCAGAUGAUAGCUGCAGUGUCGACUUAAACCUUACAGGGGAUUUCUUUUGUGUCUAUCCCCCUUUUUAGUGACAAAAAAGAGCAGGAGAAAACACAAUGGAAUAAAUCGGUUGACAUCCACAUUCUGAGAGAACGCAGCGCUCUGUCUAGCCCCGGAGUUGGCAGUACUUAAGUUGACCAUUUAAAUCAAAAGCUUACUCCUUAAUCCUUAGAUGGCUUCCUCUUUUUUGUAGAAGCGAAGAGUUUUCUUCAUUGUAGAAGUUGGGCCAGACAGUUGUGAUCACAUGUCCUCAGUGUCUAUCUCCUCUCGGGCCUCCUUCCCUCCUGUUGUCCAAGCAGUGUGAGCUGAGGUGUCCUGCUGCUUUUAGUGCUGCGUCUACCAUUGUAUGAGUGGUUUCCUUUCACAUGAUCAAAGAUUCCUUCUCAUGUCUCUUCACAGUCCAAUUGUGCCAAACUCUGACUCGUGCGCUGAAUGACAGGGCGGGAAGUUGUGCUGCAUCCUGGUAUGCUCCAGGGCAGUGUCAGCGAGCUCAGGAGUAAAAGGUGCCACUCGGUAACAGUGACUGUCCAGAAGUUAAUGGGCUUUUGUUGCCAUGGAGACUGCAUUUAAAUAAAUGUAGCCUGUAGCUUAAGUAAACUAAAGCUAAUGCUGCUGUUAAAACAGUUUAUUUUAAUAUUAAAAUACAGUUGAUUAGCAACAGCGGUGCUGUAUUUAAGAGACACUUUAUUGGAAGUGCAAUCAUAGUUCUUUGUUUUCACAGUUUUACAGUGCAUUCUAAUUACUAACGGGUGCAAUUACUUUUAAUGGUGUUUUAUAACAUAGAAAAACUGGAGUUUUCAUGAGUUACAGUAAAUCCCACAGUUAUUAAAAAAUUCAAUACAACAUCCUACACAACAUGUUACCGUGCCUUUGCCUAACCUAAAUGGAUAGUUGCCAGUUAAGUAAGUCAGUAAUUCCAAUCUCAAUGUCUUUUCUGAAGUAACUAUGCUAUGAAUUGCAAAGACCUCCAUGAAACCACCCAUGGCCUUGCCUUUACAGUAACUAUGACAACUAAGUGUUCAGUUUGUUUGCCUAGAUAGCAAAUGCUACUGUGUUUGUUCUCUCGCGCAAUACUCAUUUGCUGUUUGAUCACUGUUUAGUAUUGAAAACUCAACCUCCUAGUUAUCAGUGUCCUACUGUGAAGAAAUACUGGUCUUAGUUCUACUUACAAUACAAUGGUCCAGUGUGUAAUUAAACUAGAGUAAACUGUUGGAAUGACUCUUGUACUUACAUUAUUGAAGCUAGCAUAACAUAAGCAACAUAGAUACAAGGAGCACUCCUGGAGUGUUUUGCCACAUUGUUACCAGAAACCAAAAUCUCUAUACUAAGUGUGUACAGGGAAGUCCUAGGCCAAGCGAAAGAUUGUCUUUAAUAGUGAUAUCCACGGUUAGCAUUUUUCAUUACCUCUUUUUCAAACUUUGCUUUUGAAUUAUUCAUGUACUUUGAUUUCAUAUGGCCAAGAAGACAUUGUACUUGAGUAUUUAAUUGGUAAUUGUUCAUGGAUAUCAAGAGUCCCAAUGAUUUUUUUCCUCCAGUUAUCACAACAUUGGUAUGAAUCCCUAUUAAAGUUAGUGGAGGGAAAUGCUAACUUUGUCUACAGUGUAUUACUGUAUAUUAAACUGAAAUAGUCCAUUAAAGGAUUUUUUAUUUGGAUUAAAAAUAGGAACACCAUAAAAUUUCUAGUCCAGGCUGUAACUUUUCUGGUAGAAAGCACUUGCAUCCCUAGAGGCAUCUUGCACAGCCAUGGUGAGGAGAGAGUGUACCGGGUGGGUAGGAGGGGUUCCUGUGAAGGGGGGUGUGGAGAGGAGGGGUGCCUGUGGAGAUCCAUGUGUGCUAACUCCUGUUCCUUUACCUUGUGCAGUGCCUGUUAUGAUGUGCUGGGUUCCUGAGUGUGAAAAACUAUGGUUAUCCAGUUUGUAUUUCCUUGGUACAUAUUUUCAAAACAGCACAGUCAUUGACUUUCCAAUUCAAUAAUAAAGUUUGGCAAAGCCUAUUUUGUAAACAAGUUAAUUUUAUAAUGUAAAAAAAGUUAAUCUAACCUUGACUUGUUAUUUGCACUUUCAUAGUCUAUACUUGAUACAUUCCCACUUUAUAUACAGUAGGAUUCUACAGACCUGUAGAUGUUUGGCCAAAUGAAUGCUGUUAAUAAUAUGUAAAACUCUUUGAUUAAACAUUUAUUACUUAAACUAUUUCCAUUUUGUCUCAUUAAAUUAUAAACUUCAUUUAAAACUGAUUAAGAAGCAAGUCUUGCUUUAUAUUAAAUACCCUCCAAUAUGACAGUAUUAAUUGGUUCUGUUAUGUAAUUGAAUAGUGCCUAAUAUUUUUACAGUAGCCUACUUGCUGAAAAUUGUAUACCCCAGAGGUAAAUAUGAUUUCACUAUGACAAUGUAUUAAAUUAUGAAAUUCGAUAAAUCUGAUUUCAUUUGAUGACAGUGUAUUAAAAUUGUGAAUUUAGUGCUCAUUUUCAUUUCUAUAGAUUUAUGAGGAAAAUGUUAUGAUUUCCUUGGAAUCUAGCAGAGAAAAAGUAAUAUAGAACUUGAAGAUCUGUUUUGUGAAAUUGGGAGGAAGAAAUGUAUGCCAUAUGAAUAAAAUGUGCUUCUCACCA